UAUUAGUGGGCAUUCUACUAAAGAUGAGCUUCUAGUUCUCUUCAUUUAUUCAUUUGUUUGUUCAACUAUAAAUCUUCCAACAAUAUGGACUCAGAAUUCAGUCUUGUGAAGGUAAAUGACAUGUGGAUUAGCAAUUUUUUUCAACUCUAUUGAGGUAUAUUUUACAUGAAGCAUUCACUGAUUUCAGGAGUACAGUGAUCUUUAGGAACUUUGUAAAGUGGACUAACCAUCAUCAUAAUUCAGUUUAGUUAUUUUUCACCCCGGGUUGGACUCUGUGCCCAUUUACAAUUAAACCUCAUUCUCACCCCAAAUCUGGAGCAACCACUAACCUACUUUUCCUCUAUGUAUACAUUUGCCUAUUCGGACAUUUCAUAUAAAUGGAAUCAUAUAAUCCAUGGAUUUUUGUGUCUGGCUUCUUUCUCUUAGCAUGUUUCCAAGGUUCGUGCAUGUUGUUGCAUGAGUUGAUACUUCAUUCCUUUUAAUUUCCAAAUUAGAUUGCAUUAUAUGGAUAUGCCAUGAUUUUUCUAUCCAUUUACCCAGAGAAAGGCAUUUUGGUUGUGCACAGUUUUUGGGUUAGUAUGAAUAAUACUGCUGUGAUCAUUCAUAAUACAUGUCCAUGUUGCUACACAGCAUCCCCAGCCACCAUUUCACGUCUCUCUUUUUGCUGUCUCUGGCAUUUUCCAGGCACAAUUCCACCUUCCUUCGUGCUCCAUUACUCAGGACUCUGAAGAUUCCAAAAAGUAGGAGGAAAAAUGACCACAUUCAAGGAGGCAGUGACCUUCAAGGACGUGGCUGUGUUCUUCACUGAGGAAGAGCUGGGGCUGCUGGACCCUGCCCAGAGGAAGCUGUACCAAGAUGUGAUGCUUGAGAACUUCACGAACCUGCUGUCAGUGGGGCAUCAACCGUUCCAUCCUUUCCACUUCCUAAGGGAAGAAAAGUUUUGGAUGAUGGAGACAGCAACCCAACGAGAUGGAAAUUCAGGCGGCAAGACUGUUGCGGAAGCAGGACCACAUGAAGACUGCCCUUGCCAGCAAAUGUGGGAACAAACUGCAAGUGACAUAACCCAGUCUCAAGACUCCAUUAUAAAUAAUUCUGACUUCUUUGAACAAGGCGAUGUCCCCUCCCAGGUUGAGGCAGGACUAUCUAUAAUUCAUACAGGACAGAAACCUUCACAGAAUGGGAAGUGUAAACAAUCCUUCAGUGAUGUUGCCAUCUUUGAUCUUCCUCAGCAGUUACACUCAGGAGAGAAGUCUCAUACAUGCAAUGAGUGUGGAAAAAGCUUCUGUUACAUCUCAGCUCUUCGUAUUCACCAGAGAGUUCACUUGAGAGAGAAACUCUCUAAGUGUGACAUGCGUGGUAAGGAAUUCAGUCAGAACUCAUGUCUGCAGACUCAUGAGAGAGUCCACACUGGAGAAAAACCAUUCAAAUGUGAGCAGUGUGGGAAAGGCUUCAGAUGUAGAGCGAUACUUCAAGUUCAUUGCAAAUUACACACAGGAGAGAAACCUUAUAUUUGUGAGAAAUGUGGGAGGGCCUUCAUUCACGAUUUCCAGCUUCAGAAACAUCAGAGAAUUCAUACUGGGGAGAAGCCAUUCAAAUGUGAAAUAUGUGGUAAGAGCUUCUGUCUUAGGUCAAGUCUUAAUAGGCAUUGCAUGGUCCACACAGCAGAGAAACUGUACAAAUCUGAGGAGUGUGGAAAAGGCUUCAUUGAUAGCCUAGAUUUGCAUAAGCAUCAGAUGAUUCACACGGGACAGAAACCGUACAAUUGUAAAGAAUGUGGGAAGAGCUUCAGAUGGUCCUCAUAUCUUUUGAUCCAUCAGCGAAUCCACAGUGGAGAAAAACCAUACAGAUGUGAGGAGUGUGGGAAGGGCUACAUUAGUAAGUCAGGUCUUAACUUGCACCAGAGGGUCCACACUGGAGAGAGACCUUAUAAUUGUAAGGAAUGUGGGAAGAGCUUUAGCCGGGCUUCAAGUAUUUUGAAUCAUAAGAAACUCCACUGCCGGAAAAAACCCUUCAAAUGUGAGGAUUGUGGAAAGAGGCUUGUACACCGGUCAUUCUGUAAAGACCAACAAGGAGACCACAGUGGAGAAAACCCAUCCAAAUGUGAGGACUGUGGGAAGCGCUACAAGAGGCGCUUGAAUCUGGAUAUAAUUUUAUCAUUAUUUUUAAAUGAUAUGUAAGUGUCGUACAUAUUUAUGGGAUAUGGUAUGAAAUUUUAAUAUGUGCAUAUAAUGCGUAAUGAUCAAAUUGAUGUAAUUAGUGUAUUACCAUAAACAUUUACCAUUUCCUUGUUUUGGGAAAAUUCAAAAUCCAUUGUUCUAGCAAUUUGAAAAGAAACAAUAAAUUAUUGUUGAUUAUAGUCA